AGAUGUCGCCGUAAAUAUUGUAAUUUAUCUAUCAUUUCAAAAUCACUUCUCUACCACAGAAAAUAUAAGUUUAAUAUUGCUAACAUUUAAAAUGGAUAGGAAAAUAUUCACAGUUUUCUGCCAAGGAAUAUUAUACAUGUUUGGGAUCUGUAGUGCUCAGAAAUACUCGGAAAAUCCUUGUCCUAGCGGAGUUUUUCCAUUAAAAGAUGAGCACUGCGAUCGGGAUUUAGGUUUUCUAGAAUGUCCUAUUGGUAGCUACUGCCAACCAACAAGCGAAGGAAAUCCCCCCGUGUGCUGCCCAACAACAUGCCAAUAUGGAGUGCCUUUAUUACACGAAGAUGGAAGUCAAGUCCAAUGUGAGGAAAGACAGAAGAGAAAGAAAAUAAUUAAAUGGUGUCCACGAGGAUCAAUUUGCACAGAAGUUACCCCAACUCUCCAACUGUGUUGCCCCAAAAAAUCAAGAUGGAUGAAAAAUCUUGAGAAACUAUGGUCUCGCUAAUAUGAAAAUUAACGCAACUCCCGUUCCUUCCCGACCUAUACACCAAAUUAAUAAAUGGAAAUAAAAUAUGUAUUAUAUAUGCAUGGUUUACAAAAGGUCUAUGAAGCAUAAACAAUA